AUGACGGAAUUUUUUCUUUCUCACCUCUAUCUGCGAUCUGUCAAUUUCUUUAAAGGACCUGAAUGUGAAGCGAGUUACAACCCCUGCGGAUCGAAUCCGUGUCAAAAUGGCGGCGUCUGCACACCCCUGGGCGCUGACUUCCGGUGUUCAUGUCCGCCGGGUUGGAAGGGCAAAGUAUGCAAUACCCCGCUUUCGCCAUGUGAAGCAGCUGAACAAAACAUCACGGGCGCCCUUUUGCGCGGUAAUACCUCCAAAGUAGUCCCUAUUACCGCCAAAGGUAAUUUGUCGCCCGUCUGCAACAAUAGAGGCGUCUGCGAGGAUCGCACGAACGCCUACAAGUGUAUCUGUGUUACUGGCUGGACAGGAGUUCGAUGCGAAGAGCGUGACGUAAGUGGCAUCCAAUUGUUCACGGUUUUUCUGAGCCUAAGUCGAAAACAUUAA